CCCGGCGGCCCGGCGGAAGCCGGCAGCGCCUCACUUCCCGCCGCCCCCCUCGGCCGCCGCCCCGCCGGGGCGGAAGUGAGGCGCUGCCGCCGUCGCUAUGGAGUAACCGGAGCGGGACGGGGCCGAGGCGGAGGCAGCGGGACGGGCGGCCCGCCGGGCCCGGCAGCAGGGCCCCGCGCCAACGGCUUCCCCCGCGCUGAGGAUACUACCUUGGUAGACACCAUGGAGUCCAUGCUGAAUAAACUGAAGAGUACCGUUACGAAGGUAACGGCAGAUGUCACCAGCGCGGUCAUGGGAAAUCCUGUGACCAGGGAGUUUGAUGUUGGCCGACAUAUUGCCAGUGGUGGUAACGGUCUUGCCUGGAAGAUAUUUAAUGGAACUAAAAAAUCAACAAAGCAGGAAGUGGCUGUUUUUGUGUUUGAUAAGAAGCUAAUAGACAAGUACCAAAAAUUCGAAAAGGAUCAGAUUAUUGAUUCUUUAAAACGGGGCGUUCAGCAGCUAACCAGACUUCGACACCCUCGACUGCUUACUGUUCAACAUCCAUUGGAAGAAUCCAGAGACUGCUUGGCAUUUUGUACAGAGCCAGUGUGUGCAAGUUUAGCUAAUGUUCUUGGCAGCUGGGACAAUCUACCUUCUCCUUUACCAUCCGACAUUAAAGAAUACAAACUUUAUGAUGUUGAGACCAAAUAUGGCUUGCUUCAGGUUUCUGAAGGCUUGUCCUUUUUGCAUAGCAGUGUGAAGAUGGUCCAUGGAAAUGUUACUCCUGAAAAUAUAAUUUUGAAUAAGAGUGGAGCAUGGAAGAUUACAGGCUUUGAUUUUUGUAUCCAGUCAACAAAUCCAUCUGAACAGGAGCCAAAGUUCCCUUGUAAGGAAUGGGAUCCAAACUUGCCGUCCUUGUGUCUUCCAAAUCCUGAGUAUCUGGCACCAGAAUACAUUCUUUCUGUGAGCUGUGAGACAGCCAGUGAUAUGUACUCCCUAGGAGCUGUUAUGUAUGCAGUGUUUAAUAAAGGGAAACCAAUUUUUGAGGUCAACAAGCAGGAUAUUUAUAAAAGUUUUAGUAGACAACUCGAUCAGCUGAGCCGUUUAAGCUCCAGUAAUCUUCAGAAUAUACCAGAGGAAGUGCGUGAACAUGUAAAGCUACUCUUAAAUGUAGCUCCAGCAGUCAGACCAGAUGCAGAUCAAAUGACUAAGAUACCGUUCUUUGAUGAUGUAGGAGCAGUGACACUUCAGUAUUUUGAUUCGUUAUUUCAAAGGGAUAACCUUCAGAAAUCACAGUUUUUUAAAGGGCUACCAAAGGUUCUGCCAAAGCUGCCUAAGCGUGUUAUAAUUCAGCGAAUUUUGCCUUGCUUGACCUCUGAGUUUGUGAAUCCUGAUAUGGUACCCUUUGUUUUGCCCAAUGUUCUACUAAUUGCUGAGGAAUGCACCAAAGAGGAAUAUAUCAGGCUCAUUCUGCCUGAUCUUGGUCCUGUUUUUAAGCAGCAAGAACCAAUCCAGGCAAGCAACAUGAUCUUACUGAUCUUCCUGCAAAAAAUGGACUUGCUUCUAACCAAAACUCCACCGGAUGAAAUAAAGAACAGUGUUCUACCAAUGGUUUAUAGAGCCUUGGAAGCACCUUCAAUUCAGAUCCAGGAGCUUUGCCUAAACAUAAUUCCCACGUUUGCCAAUUUAAUAGAUUACCCAUCAAUGAAAAAUUCAUUAAUUCCAAGAAUUAAAAAUGCAUGUUUGCAAACUUCUUCUCUUGCUGUCCGGGUAAACUCACUAGUCUGCCUAGGAAAGAUUUUGGAGUACUUAGACAAAUGGUUUGUGCUUGAUGAUAUUCUACCUUUUCUACAACAAAUUCCAUCCAAGGAACCUGCAGUGCUAAUGGGAAUUCUAGGUAUUUACAAAUGUACAUUUACUCAUAAGAAGUUGGGAAUUACCAAAGAACAACUUGCAGGAAAAGUAUUGCCCCAUCUGAUUCCUCUUAGUAUUGAGAACAAUCUUAAUCUCAAUCAGUUCAAUUCUUUUAUUUGUGUUAUAAGAGAUAUGCUUAAUAGAUUGGAAGCAGAGCAUAAAACAAAACUUGAGCAGCUUCAUGUCAUGCAAGAGCAACAGAAAUCUUUGGAUAUAGCUAAUCAAAUGAAUGUGUCUGAAGAAGCAAGAUCUAGUAGUACAAGUAAUCAGAUUGACAAGGUAUUCAAUAAUACUGGAACGGACCUUCUAACUAGUGGACCUGACAGUAAAGACAAUGAGUUAUCAUCAAAACAGAAAAAGGCAUCACUUACACUUGAAGAGAAGCAAAAGUUAGCUAAAGAACAAGAACAGGCACAGAAACUGAAAAGCCAACAACCUCUUAAGCCACAAGCUACUGCAAUAACACCUCCAGUGAAGCAGACAAAAGACUUGACAGAUACACUGAUAGAUAAUAUGUCAUCUUUGACUAGCCAUUCCAUCAACAAAGCUAUAGUGGCAUCUUCAAACAGCUUCUCGUCUGUCCCUUCUAUGGGUGUUGGAAUGGGAUUUUCAUCGCCUGUUGACAGCACAAAGAGAAAUGUAACAACAAAUGGACUGAAUACUACUAUGGGUUUUCAGACUCCUGGAUUCAGUAUGGGAAGUGGUCCCACUACUCAGAAUUUCUUCAGUGGUCCAAGUGCAACAGGAACAACCAAGAUGAACAUUGUACCAACUGCCAAUAUGCCAAAUUACAGUCCUAUGAGUGCUGCAUCUGCAAUCUCUCCACUGACACAACAAAACAGACCCCCAGAUAUGUCUGCUUUAGAUAAUCUUUUUGGUCCUCAAAAACCCAAAGUUAGCAUGAAACAGUUGGCUCAACAGAAGUCAAACCAGUGGGUUAAUCAGUUUGUACCCCCACAAGGGUCCCCAAGUGUGAGCAGUUCAGUCAUGGGACCUCAGAUGAACAUGAUAGGACAGCCUGGCUUUGGUAUACAGGGUAAUCCUUUCUUUGCUCCUCAGAACUUUGCACAACCAGCAAACACGAUGACAAACAGCAGCUCAGCUAGUAAUGACUUAAAAGAUCUUUUUGGGUAAAAUGUUUUGUUUUCUUCCUUCAAAGAUUGAUAAAAUUUGAAUCAUGGGUAAGCUGAUUAACAUCUUUUUUGAUUAAUAAAAGCAUGGCUUGGGGAAACUUUCCACCCACCAAAACAAAGACUUCUGCACUGGAAAAAAGACUAAUUUUUGCAUUCACCUGGUAAUGCAGUGGAAUUGCGUAAGUGCACAGCCAUCUUAUGUACUAAAGAUUUCCCAUCUCUUUACCCAACUUCAGAGCAUUGAAGGUAGGAUGCAUGCAUUGAAUUGAAAAAGGAGCUAAAAUUUCAAAUAUAUUCAGAAGUGUAUUCAAUCAACUCCUGGAUUUAUACGAAACUGUGUUUCUUAAACAGAAAUGCUUAUGGGGUAAUAACACUAGCAAAUACAACUUAGUGCUAUCCUGUCCUGUGGAUCAGUUUUUUUGGUGUCUGCUAAAUUCAACUUUUUUUUGAUAAGUUGUCACCUGAAUUUCACACAAACUGUCAUUAUGCCCUAUUAUGACAGUUUGCAGAAAGUACAUUCUUAUGUUACCUCAGAAUGCUUUGUUAGCCAUGCUAUAUAGUAAUAUCUCUAACUGAUAACUGUGAAAGAGGCGAAGAAAAAAUAUUUUGCCUUUCUUCUCUUAUGAGAUGAUCAAUGAGGUAGUAAAGAACUCUGCUCCAACUGACAACCCAUUUUACAAUGUCAGAUCCUUGUUACCAACCCCAUAGCAAAAGCCACAUACCACUUAAGUGGGAUUUUAAAAUACGUGGUGACUUGGUUGUGUUUACUAUACAUUUCAGUGUUUUGGUUACCUUGAUACUGCUUCUAACUGGUGUGAAAAAGAAGAAUGUGACUUGUUAUGGAACCUCCCAGAAAAAAAAAUAUGUUUGUACAAUUCAAGUGUUGACUGCCCCAGCUUCUUACGCUUGGUUUGGUUACACAGAAAUAUCUUGGAUUAGUUGUUUGGGGCUCUGUUGGGAAGACGAGAAAGGGCUGCCUGGUAGAAGUUUCACAUGGUUUUGUGAAAAAGCAGACUGCCAUAAAUUGCCUUGACUAGAAUAAACUAUUAUAUUUUAA